AUGCGCGGCCUCACAAACCACGACGACGAGCCGACCACGAGCCUCUUCAGCCGCGUGCAGUCGCUCUUCGCGCAGCUCUUCCAGUCCUCCCGAGCCUCGUCGUCCCACGACGAGGAGCACCUGACCAGCCCCACGGCGCAGGACAACCAGUCCCAGCCCGGCUCGCCCUACGCGCCGCAGCACGCCGCACAGUCCUUCCUGCGCACGGCGACGCCGUACAACAUGCGGGCGGCGAACGAGGUCUUGUAA